CUCUCUGCCCUGAACUCGCAAGGGGGGCGUCAGGCGGCGAGCACUGCACUCGCAGCAGGGACGCCGUUUGAAAUCCGAUCCUAGUUAAUUUUUUCCCCUCUCUCCAGAGCACGGUGCUCAAACUGUUAGUGGGAGUCUGUGAGCCAAGCUUUCACACAGCACCAAACGUCCCGCACUUCACAACCGACCCAGCGGCGCAGCGAAGCAGUUGUGCCCGGACAGCGCAGCGGAGAAGAGCGGAGCUUCUUCCGUAGGACCCCGAGACCCUCUUACGAGCCAAAACUACAUAGGUGCUCCUUUAUAUGAUACAGUCUAGUGGGGCUUUGAUACACUUUUCACCGGUUUUAAGGACUGGACAGAGUCGGACAGCUCAAAGCUGUGUGUGAAUACGGCGUCUUCUCAAACACUCCUCUGACUUCACGUCUGUUCACGCCUUGGAUUUGGAAACUUGAUUGUUUUUGGAUGAUUUGCCCCCUGAAUGCAAUUCACGAAACAUCUGGAAACGACCUCGCAGACCAAGCUUUCUCAACAACAACAACAAAAAAAAAACUGACAAAUCUAUUUUUGUUUUUUUAUCUCAAAAAGGAUUACUGUGUCAAGAAGGAAUUUGUGUCUGUGUGUGUGGAAGCGCUACAUUGACAGUAUGUGUGGAACAGUGGAGGAUGUUUGAAUCUAGUCUCCGUGGUGAGGACACUCGUCCACGCAUCACUCGGCCCGGGAUGGUCCCGCUCUGUCUCCUUCUGUACCUCGCAGCACUCAUCUUCCCUCCGGUGUACAGUGCCCACCUGCUGUCCCCAGAGCCCACAGAUUGGGUGUCGAGUGAGGUUGAAGUGUUUCUGGAGGACUACGUGUUAGGAGUCGGGGACACCGUGGAUCUUUCCUGCACACCGCGUGACUUCCUGGUCCCCAUCGUGUGGCAGAAAGACGGUGAUGCCGUGUCUCCUAGCAACCGUACGCGGGUGGGGCAAAAAGUGCUCCAUAUCAUCAACGUCUCCUAUGAAGACUCAGGGGUGUAUUCCUGUAGACACGCCCACAGCAGCAUGCUGCUUAACAACUACACCGUCAGAGUCACUGACUCGCUGUCCUCUGGUGAUGAUGAGGACUAUGAUGAAGAUGAGGACGAUGCAGGUAAUGGAAAUGGAGCUCCAUACUGGACCCGUCCUGACCGGAUGGAGAAGAAACUACUGGCCGUUCCCGCCGCUAAUACAGUGAAGUUCCGCUGUCCUGCUGCCGGCAACCCCACUCCCACCAUCCACUGGCUGAAAAAUGGGAAGGAAUUCAAGGGAGAGCAGAGAAUGGGCGGGAUUAAAUUGAGGCAUCAGCAGUGGAGUUUGGUCAUGGAGAGUGCGGUUCCAUCUGACCGGGGAAACUACACAUGUGUGGUGCAGAACAAAUACGGAACAAUCAAACACACUUACCAACUUGAUGUGCUGGAGCGUUCUCCUCACCGGCCCAUUCUACAGGCGGGACUCCCGGCCAACCAGACAGUGGUGGUGGGCAGUGAUGUUGAGUUCCACUGUAAGGUGUACAGUGAUGCCCAGCCACACAUCCAGUGGCUCAAACACAUCGAGGUGAAUGGAAGCCAGUAUGGGCCCAAUGGCACCCCCUUCGUCAACAUCCUUAAGACUGCGGGAAUAAAUACUACGGAUAAAGAGCUGGAGAUUCUUUCGCUGACCAAUGUGUCUUUUGAGGAUGCGGGGCAAUACACUUGUCUGGCAGGGAACUCGAUUGGCUUUAACCAUCACUCUGCCUGGCUUACAGUGUUACCAGCGGUGGAGAUGGAGAGAGAGGAUGACUAUGCGGACAUCCUCAUCUACGUGACGGGCUGCGUGCUCUUCAUCCUCACCAUGGUCAUCAUUAUCCUCUGCCGUAUGCGGAUGAACACGCAGAAGACUCUCCCCAUGCCGCCGGUUCAAAAACUGUCCAAAUUCCCCCUCAAGAGACAGGUGUCCUUGGAAUCGAACUCUUCCAUGAAUUCAAACACCCCGUUGGUCCGGAUCGCCCGCCUGUCAUCCAGCGAUGGGCCCAUGCUGCCCAACGUUUCUGAGCUGGAACUGCCCUCUGACCCCAAGUGGGAGUUUCCACGUACAAAACUAACGCUGGGGAAACCGUUGGGAGAGGGUUGCUUUGGGCAGGUGGUGAUGGCAGAAGCCAUUGGGAUUGACAAAGAGAAACCCAACAAACCUCUCACUGUUGCUGUCAAGAUGCUCAAAGAUGACGGCACAGAUAAGGACCUGUCGGACCUUGUGUCUGAAAUGGAGAUGAUGAAGAUGAUUGGAAAACAUAAGAACAUCAUCAACUUGCUAGGAGCCUGCACACAAAAUGGUCCUCUGUAUGUGCUGGUGGAAUAUGCCUCUAAAGGAAAUCUUAGGGAAUACUUGCGGGCGAGAAGGCCUCCUGGGAUGGACUACUCAUAUGACACUUGUAAAAUCCCAAAUGAAACUCUGACAUUUAAAGAUCUGGUGUCCUGUGCCUAUCAGGUCGCCAGGGGUAUGGAGUACCUGGCCUCAAAGAAGUGUAUCCAUAGGGAUCUUGCGGCCCGGAAUGUUCUGGUAACCGAGGACAACGUGAUGAAGAUUGCAGACUUCGGCCUGGCUAGAGAUGUGCACAACAUUGACUACUACAAGAAGACCACCAACGGUCGUCUGCCUGUCAAAUGGAUGGCACCAGAAGCACUGUUCGACCGCGUCUACACGCACCAGAGCGAUGUGUGGUCUUACGGAGUGUUGUUGUGGGAGAUUUUCACACUGGGCGGCUCGCCAUACCCAGGUAUCCCAGUGGAGGAGCUCUUUAAACUGCUGAAGGAGGGUCAUCGGAUGGACAAACCUGCCAACUGCACUCAUGAACUGUACAUGAUUAUGCGGGAGUGUUGGCACGCUGUUCCUUCACAAAGACCCACGUUCAGACAGCUGGUGGAGGAUCACGACAGGGUUCUUUCCAUGACCUCCACUGAUGAGUAUCUGGACCUGUCGGUGUCGUUCGAGCAGUACUCCCCAGCCUGCCCAGACUCCAACAGCACCUGUUCCUCCGGCGACGACUCUGUGUUUGCUCACGACCCUUUACCUGACGAGCCCUGCCUCCCUAAAACACCUCCACAGCAAUGGGGUCAUACGAACAUGAGGACCCGGGACAGAAACGGUGGUUUGUAGGGACCUUCUGGUUCACUGCACUGAACCAGCAUGUGGCGCAGUGUAGACCGGGCUCCUGGUGAAGUGUGGAUCUCAUGAAACGCUCAACAAGAAGCUUCAGACUUCCUACUGUUCACAGGUCUGAAGGACGGAUUACUCCCCUCUCCUUCAGCUCCUUUUCUUCCAAAUUAUUAUUCAGAUUUCUGUCUUUGAAAAGAGAAUUCCUAUUUUUGUAUUCCGUAAGUUUCAUUUUUCCUUUGCGCAACACAGUCAGAAGGGUCAAACCAUUCCGUGCCUACCAAAAAAACAGACAGUUUGCUGGACAGGAAACAAAAAGAAUGGAUUGACACUGUGUAAGAGCACAGCUCUGAGGUGACAGAUAGAGUCGUCCUGUCACACAUGGACAGGAAGUGUUUUUACAGCAAUAUCUGACUGGAGUGAGAAUCAAACCCAUGGCCAGUCUCUCCUCUCCACUCCUCACAAAGAACAUUUUUCAUCCUUUCUUAAUAAGAAAAGAGAGAAAGGUCUCCUAGAUGUGAGAUUUGAUUAGAAGGUAUAUAACUGUGUGCUUUGUAUGUAUCUUAAAGUUUUUAUUGUAAAUAUAUAGAUAUAAAUAUGUAUCAUAUUGCAGUCGGUAGCAGUGUACUUAAAAAAAAAAAAAAAAAAAAAGGAUUAACAUUCUAAGAGCACUGUUGAGAUCAUGUAAACAUUUCAUCUUAAAAGAGCAAAACAAAAGUUUUAUUUGAAUUAACAUGUAUAUUUGUAAAGCUAUUUAUAGACGUAAGGUUUUUAAGGGGUCUAAAAUUCUAGUUGGGUUUUGGUAUUGUAAACAAAGUUUUUUUUCUUUUCAAUUUUAUAAGUUAUUUACCACAGAAGUGCAAGAUUUCACCCAGUGGGUUGUCUUUUAUUUUUGCCGGUUUUCUUCCAUUUCUUAGUUUACAGUGACAAGAAUGUAUGAGAAACUAAUUGGCGAUAUCGGCAGAGCAAAAUUAUGAAAUGAUGAAUUCUAAACACCAAAUCAGUACACCAGAAGUUGCUUUGCCCUUAUCUCAGUAUUUAAUUUAAUGAUAAAAGGACCACAAGUGCUUCUGAUCUGCAUGAGGAAACUGCACCAGUGUGCAUUUUUAACACCAGUCAGACUCACACAUAAUGCACUUUUCAUAAUCUUUGUAUAUUUAAAAAACAUUAUAAUAAUCUCCAUAUUUGGGCUUCCAUGCAUGAGUCAUAAGCAGAUCCGUUCACUACAGUUUAAAAACAAAACAGUGUUGCUUUUCUCUGAUUAUGAGCGCUGUGGUCUUUUCAUCCAGCUCUAUGAUAUGAAGGAGUGCUAUGUGGGAAAAACCUACCAUAAUAUAUAGAUAAAUGGUGAAACCAUACUAUGAGUUUGUCGCUCUUAUUUGCUCUUUUGCUAAUGAAUAUGUAUAAUAAUAUUUUGAGCUAAUCCUCCGGGUCGGUAUGUUUGCAAAGUGCCAAAAUCUUUCUCUCUGCUCUGAGUUUUAUGUUAAUGAGUACAGAACCAUUAUUGCUAUUCAACUCUAGCGUGCAUGGUUGUCAGAUGAGUGUCUUUGGCCCUGCGAAUCUAAGCGAAGCAUUAUGGGAUAGCUUGGUUGUGUCUCAGGGUGUCCUCAGACAGUUGCAUUCAAGCAGAAAGCCGGCAAUAAUAUAUAAUGGGGUUGGGGGGGAAGGAUGAUUCGCUUGCUGCUAAACUACGAAAACUGUAAAUUUGAAGAUUUGAUAGGGGUGACUGUACAGGUGCCGAAUGAAGCAGUCGCUCCCUCCUCCUGCAAACCAUUGAAUUUUUGUACUUGUCAAGUGCCUGGAAGGGAGCUGAGGGGGUGAUUAUUGCAACAAACGGUUUGAAUGUACGGCCACAUCAAUAAAAAAAACCUAAGCAGGGUGUUUCUUCGAGUGAGAAAGUAAAUAUGUGCAAGGCACUUUGUUCCCUUUAUUCUCAGAUUGGGUUCUUAAAGAUACGGAUGACGUUGUUCUGUGAUUUCUUCUUCCAGAGGGACAUCAUGUUCUGUUGGAUACAGUGUGUUUGUGCAUUACGUGUGGAGUUGUUCGUUUACUGUUUGGUGUGGGAUGGCAGGGCAAGCGAUCACUCUUGCCUUCAUUUUUUUGUACAACCUGUAACCUCUGGCUCACCUCCGCAUCCUCCGCUCUACUACUGACAGCCCUUCUGCAUUGUUUCAAACAUAUCGAACAAUGUUGCUGGUCCUUUUCCCUCCUUGUCACAAAUCCACGUUAUUUAUUUCCUUGUAUUUAUGUUUCGUUUUGUUUUUCUCUACCCGUUUGCUUUCACGACCUUCUUUUAUUCAAAAGGACAGCAUUCCUUCAUGCUUGUGUGUUUUGGGAUGGAGGAAGAGUUGAGAUGCAUUUAGGGGUUGAAGAAGGCCUUCUUAAAUGUUUACAAUGAACAUCCAGACAGUUUGAAAAGGACGAUGUGUUCCCCCAGCACUUUUAAAGUGCCUGGACGAUGAGCAAUACUUGUCUGAUGUCGACACUCUUUCGUUUUACACAUUUGUUCUUUUCCUCUUAAGCUCUAUUUGAUUGUGCCAUUCAGCUCUUAUUAGAAUUAAGAUAUUAAAUUAAGUUAUAGAUUUAAAUUUGCAAAUAUUGUUAUAUGUCUAGUAGAUUUUAAAUAGGUGAUUUUGUUUUGUUUUAAUAGGGAUGAAAGAUUCUUUACAGUAUUUUCUUACAGAAGAAUUGCAUUCCAGGUAGAUAGCUUUCUUUACGCGGUGAGGUAGCACGUUUGCAGAAUUAAAGUCGUUCAGCAUCUGCAUCUCUCUCUGUUUAACAAAAGAAUGGAAUAGUUGACUAACAGUGUUGUAUGUUAUUUUUCCAUAUCUCUGUAUCUGUGGAACAUUCCGUUCUGUUUUAGUUGUGCCCCUUCCGAGCUGUUAAACCUCUUUACACUCUAUCAGUCUGUGCCUGACGGAAUUAUGCUGUCAAUCAAAACCUUUUCAAUAAACACAACAAAACCAG